GGAAGCGGCCGCGGCGAUCGACGGCUCCUCCGUCGCUCCCCUGUCUGGCUGCCUGCCCUGCCCCUCCCCUCGCGCGCUCGCCUCCGUCUCCUCGCUGUGAGGGGACACUGCCCAUCAUCUCUCUCCCUCUUCCCUCUCGCGCGUGCAGUUGAGAGAGUGGCUCGGCAGCGCGGCGUGCGCGGACACGCCACCAACGGCACCGGCAGUUACUCUCCCUCCCUCCAGGCUGCUCGGUGGCGUCCAAUUCAAUGCGGCCCUGCACAACGGGAGCAGGGAGCUCUUCCUCCAUUGGCUCGAGCUGCGCCAUUGAAUGCCCCCCUCUCUCAUCGAGUCUUGACUGAGAAACCUCCCCCUCCUUUAACCCCCCGCGCUCGUCAGUCGUCACUGUUACUCGUACGUGCUCGCGCACGACGGUUCCGGUACCAUCCCUGCGUGCGUGUCACUCACACACGAGAGGGGAGAGGGAUUCAUCAGAUGGUCAUGGAGUUGCUCUGCUGAGCUCCUUGUUUCCUUCUGGCUGAGCGUUUCUUGGUUGGUUCUCCCUCCCUCUGGCUCCAGUCAGUCAGCGGUGAGACAAGAUGAACUACCUCAGGAGCCGGAGCCUGAAGCGGCUCCUGUCCCUCGGCCGCCGGAGCAACGCGGACGAGUCCGCCGAGGAGUGCGUCGACGCCGACCCUCCGCCGCCGCCGCCGUACAAGCCCACGUGGAGGUGCUUCUCCUACGACGAGCUCCACCAGGCCACCGAUGGCUUCCACCAAGACAACAUGGUGGGCAAGGGCGGGUACGGCGAGGUGUACCGCGGCGUCCUGGACGACGGGCGCGCCGUCGCCGUGAAGCGCCUGGCGCCGACGGCCGCGGCGGACGAGAAGAAGGAGAAAGACUUCCUCACGGAGCUGGGCACGGUGGGCCACGUCCGCCACCCCAACGUGUGCGCGCUCCUCGGCUGCUGCGUCGACCGCGGCCUCCACCUCGUCUUCGAGUUCUCCACCCGCGGCUCCGUCUCCGCCAACCUCCACGACUUGAAGCUGCCGGUGAUGUCGUGGAAGCAGCGGCACGGGAUCGCGGUCGGCACGGCGCGCGGGCUGCGCUACCUCCACAAGGGCUGCGCGCGCCGGAUCAUCCACCGCGACAUCAAGGCGUCCAACAUCCUUCUCACCGCCGACUACGAGCCUCAGAUUUCGGACUUCGGCCUCGCCCGGUGGCUGCCGUCGGAGUGGACGCACCACGCCAUCGCGCCCAUCGAGGGCACGUUCGGGUGCCUGGCGCCCGAGUACUUCACGCACGGCAUCGUGGACGAGAAGACGGACGUGUUCGCCUUCGGCGUCUUCCUCCUCGAGCUCAUCUCCGGCCGGAAGCCGGUGGACGGCUCCCACAAGAGCCUCAUUGCGUGGGCCAAGCCUUACCUGAGCGACGGCGUCGUGCAAGGGCUCGUGGACCCGCGGCUCGGCGACGGCUACGACGCCGGGCAGCUGACGCGGCUCAUGUUCGUCGCGUCGCUCUGCGUCAGGGGCGCCGCGGCGUGGCGCCCGACCAUGACACAGGUACUGGAGUUAUUAGAGUCCGGUGAGAUUUCUCAAGAUCAAUGGCAGAUGCCCGAGAAAGAGGAGCAAGACGAGCUGUGGGAUUUCGACGAUCUCGAUGAUGAAGACGACGACGACGACUAUGACAACUACGACGAUGAAUCUGAUUCCCCCUCGAUCUCCUCGUCGGCAUGCAGCAUCCACCCCAAUGAUUAGCCUCAAAAUAUUUGCAUCUGUCAGUAGAUUAAUCAAGUGGAUAUGAUCCUUGCGAUUAUAUCAGUCUGUACAUACACCGCCCCUAGAGAAUAGUAUUCUGAAGGAAAAAAAAGAUUCAGGCCCAUGGUUUUCA